CAACGCUUUUGCCAGCAGUGUGGCAAAUUCCAGGACCUUUCGGACUUUGAUGGCAGCAAAAGGUCCUGCCGUGCGCAGCUGGCGCGUCACAGCCUGCGUCGCAGGAUCAAACUCUCCCAGCUGAAAACGCAGGAGAACCCGGGUGACAUUGACGGCGGCAGCGACAAUGCGGCAUUAGCCGUGCCGCCGGCAGCGGGCAGCUUGCGGCAGCCGGACGGCGCUGCUCCUCAGCUUCCGCUGGCCCCCACUCUAGAUCUGGCAGCACCUGGAGGCCGCAGCAGCACCGGCGGCGGCGCAGUCAGGCUUACAGUGGGCGGUGCUUGUGCUGGGCUGGAUUUGGGAGGUGUGAGUAUGGGGCUGUCGCUGGGGUUGGUGCGGCGACACGAGGGCGGCAGCAGCAGUGGAGCCGCGCGGGGGGAGCCAGGGCCGCCGGCGUCCAAGGGGCCCUCACGAGAGGGCACGAGCAUGGGACACCGACAUGGAAGCGGUACGGAGG